CUGAUAACAGCAUGCAUACUCUCUUGGUGCUUGUAAAGUUCAUCAAUAUGACUGGUUUUCAGGACUACAGUGAAAUGUCAUUAGCUUAUAGGCCAUCUCAUGCUGACGCAACUUAUGAUUUCAAGUAUGGUGUGAGAUCAGUACAGGGUGGUGGUAGAUCUUCUGCAAGAGAAACCAUUGGGAGAGUUGCUGCUGGAGCUGUCGCUAAGAAAAUUUUAAAGCAAUAUUCGGGAACAGAGGUAAGCUCUUUGAUGAUGUGAUGGAAAUUUAAUUAU